AAAUAAUAGCCCCUGCCACGGAUCGUGACAGCAAUACGAUUAGAUGGAUAUGGAUCUUAACGUGAUGAAGAAGCGAACUAUCUUUCUGUGCAAUGAUUCAUUACAUGACGCCGUAUUGCCGCUUGACCCAUGUAAUACCGCUAGCUCAGACCCAGCUACCAGCGAAUUCGCCCACGACGACAAGAUGAUGUGAAAGUUUGGGAUCUUCCGCAUCGACAUCGACCUGCUAUUCCACGAUCUCUGAUCUUGGAGAUUGAUCGGUACUGGCUUUGGAGUCUAUACGGCAGCUAGCAAUACAGACGGAUAUUGGGUCUUCCGUGAUGAAGAAGCGAGCUAUCUUUCUGUGUAAUGAUUCAUUACAUGACGCCGUAUUGCCAAAGUAGACUGUUCGACUUAUGUGAUCCAUUGGAAACACUACGGGCCCCCGUCACUGUAUUCUAGAGCCCUAGCCGCGUAGGACGUUAAGUGGUACUGUAUAAAUUUACCACAGGACUCUCGAACCUAGCCUGCUGACGAAUUCCAUGUGUUCCUGUGAACUAUAAAUUCUUCGUCUGAUACAACGCUUUAUUGUUCCAAGAGAUUCAAUUCUUCCGAUUAAAAACCCCAACUUACCCAAUACAAUGGCAAAGUUCAACUCUCAGGCAGUGCAAGAUAUGCCACACCUAACCCUGUAUGGCGCGCAGCUCGCAUCUGCUGCCGCUAUCGCAAAGGCACAGGAGAUACAAGUCCCCGAAGAUAUUGCUAUUGUGGAUGCUUCGCAGCAACUCCUCCACUUCCAGCGCAUGCCGAAAGCAAAAUACGCUAGCAUCGACAUUGCCAUCAACAAGGCCUUUACCGCUGCUGGAUUUGGACUCCCAACGCAUGCGUAUAAGGAGAACGUCUCGCCUGGGGGGCCUUUGUUUGGUAUAAAUAAUAGUAAUGGAGGAAGGUUCAUGACCAUCGGAGGCGGACUACCAAUUGAAAUAGAUGGGCGAGUUAUUGGAGCUAUUGGAUGUAGUACUGGCACACCUGAUGAGGAUCGGCAGGUGGCACAGGCUGGGGUGGAUGCGGUACUAGCACACGUGAAGAAGGAAAAUGGAUCGUAG